GCAGCUCCGGGAGGGGGAGGCGGGCUCCGCCGGCACACGCCGCCCCUGGCAGGCGGCCUGAUCGAGCGCGAGGAGCGGCCGCAGCCGCUGCCGCUCGGGGCCGCCUUGAGCCCCAGAUUCCUGAGCGCUCCGCUCGCAUGGCAGCCGCCUCGGCGCCCGUCCCCGAGGCCCGCUAGGGGCGGCCCAGCGCCCCGGCCCUCGGCGGAGCCCGUCGGAUCCGACCCCGCUCUGCGUCCCGGGGCGCGCUGCCUCCCAGCCCGAGGUGUCCGCAAGUCCGGCCGUCCAUCCGUCCGUCCUCCUGGGGCCGGCGCUGACCAUGCCCAGCGGCUGCCGCUGCCUACAUCUCGUGUGCCUGUUGUGCAUCCUGGGGGCACCCGUUCAGCCUGCCCGAGCCGAUGACUGCAGCUCCCACUGUGACUUGGCCCACGGCUGCUGCGCGCCUGACGGCUCCUGCAGGUGUGACCCAGGCUGGGAGGGGCUGCACUGUGAGCGCUGUGUGAGGAUGCCUGGCUGCCAGCACGGUACCUGCCACCAGCCCUGGCAGUGCAUCUGUCACAGUGGCUGGGCGGGCAAAUUCUGUGACAAAGACGAGCACAUCUGUACCACGCAGACCCCCUGCCGGAAUGGAGGCCAGUGUGUCUAUGAUGGGGGCGGCGAGUACCACUGUGUGUGCCCACCAGGCUUCCAUGGGCAUGACUGUGAGCGCAAGGCUGGACCCUGUGAACAGGCAGGCUCUCCAUGCCGGAACGGUGGGCAGUGCCAGGACGACCAGGGCUUUGCCCUCAACUUCACCUGCCGCUGUUUGGCUGGCUUCGUGGGUGCCCGCUGUGAGGUCAAUGUAGACGACUGUCUGAUGCGGCCUUGUGCCAAUGGCGCCACCUGCCUGGACGGCAUAAACCGCUUCUCCUGCCUCUGCCCUGAGGGCUUUGCUGGACGUUUCUGCACCAUCAACCUGGAUGACUGUGCCAGCCGCCCAUGCCAGAGAGGGGCCCGCUGUCGGGACCGUGUCCAUGACUUUGACUGUCUCUGCCCCAGUGGCUAUGGCGGCAAGACUUGUGAGCUCAUCUUACCAGUCCCAGAUCCUGCCACCACAGUGGACAUACCCCUGGGGCCCACCUCAGCUGUGGCGGUACCUGCCACAGGGCCUGUCCCCUACAGUGUGGGGGCAGGUCUGCUGCGCAUCUCAGUGAAGGAGGUGGUGCGGAGGCAAGAGGCUGGGCUAGGUGCAGCUAGCCUGGUGGCCGUAGUGGUAUUUGGGGCCCUCACUGCUGCUCUGGUCCUGUCCACAAUGUUGCUGACCCUGAGGGCCUGGCGCCGGGGUGUCUGCCCCCCUGGACCCUGCUGCUUCCCUGCCCCACACUAUGCUCCAGCACGCCAGGAUCAAGAGUGUCAGGUUAGCAUGCUGCCAGCAGGGCUCUCCCUGUCUCCUGACUUGCCCCCUGAGCCUGGAAAGACCACAGCACUGUGAUGGAGGUGGGGGCUUUCCAGCCCCCACCUUCACCUCCUUGGCUUCUCAGACUGGAGUAGCCCUUUCUCGCCACCCCUCUCCUGGGGUACACACACUGAGGGACCUCAGCCUCACACCAGAAAUAUUAUUUUUUUAAUACAUAGACUGUAAGAUGGAAAUUUUAUCAAAUAAAACUCUGAAAGCGCA